AUGGCGACCGGUGAGAGACCAUCAAAUCUCAGGUUGCUCAGAACGUUUGUGAUUUUGGACCAAUGCGAUGCAUGCGCGACUCGCCAUGAAGACAGUCUCAGGCCGUGUACAUACAACGCGAGAACAGUGUCCACAGACACUGACCUACAUGCCCUUUUCAGAGCUGGAGAGCGUAUUAAAAUCGACGUUACUGCUCUGCGAGAGACCGAUAGCAGGAAAGAGCGACCUAGGACAGGUGAUCGGCAGUACGCCGCCAUUAGUGGAGAGGAGACUCCGUCGCGAAAUAUAGGCGCUAUUGGUUUUGCUAUGCACCCAUCUGUCGUCCACCUUGCCAAUUCUCACAAGAUCCUCUUACCUUAUCUGACUAUUUUCCAUCUCCGCUCUCUGCGUCAAAAACGCAUUAGAAUCGUCAAAUGCUACUCACCAACAUAG